ACUCAUUUUCUAAAUAUUACCAGCUGAAGAAUCUAAAAACUGUACAUUCCUGGACGAAAAUUCCCUAAUUAAAGUUCUUAAUUAGCAAAUAAUUAAUUAAUUAAAGGGAGGUCUUCUAAUACGCCCGAUGAACUUUUUGUCCAGGGGGGUCUUCUAUUAUAGGGGAGUCUACUAAUAUGGGAGGGUCUUCUAAUACGGGGAGGGGUUUAUUAUAACAUGAAAAAAUUCUCUCCUUCCUAGUAGCUUAAUAUUAUCAGACAUUAAUAACAUGACUUACCAUUGUUUUUGUUGAUACUCUGUAGAUAGUGCUAAAGGUCGGUCCGAGCUAACGGGACUAUAAAAAGUCCAAAUGAGCUAAAAAUUCAGGGUAAUUAGUUUCAGAUAUUGUCCUUUCUAAUGCACAUAAAAAAUCAAAAAUUUAAAUUUUGACGAGUGCUUCGUAUACUGAGGUCAUGCUCGAUGAUCUCAUGGAGACUGUCUUAAACAAUUUUAUUGAUAGAAAUAUAUUUGUUUGUUCUAAAGGGUAGUCGUUCUUUUUUUUCAUCUAAGAUCAAACAACAUGUUCACACAUAAACGUUAAUUUAUUUUCUCUAUGUGAAUUGCAUUCAUUUGGAAAGUCGUUCACUCCUCAUGAAUGACAUAAAUGUGUUCAAUUUGCUUUCAAAAACUAUUCUGUCUAUAGUAGAAAAUGAAAAGGCAAAACAAUUUGAUGCAUAUUAGUAAAUUAUAUGUAAUUCUAACAAAUACGCAUUUCAGUCAAUUCUUUCGUGACUUUCUAGAAUUCAGUUGUUAGUAGGAGAUAAUAAGAUGUUUUUUCUUACCUGAUUUUCGAUCUACAAGAUAUUGCUUUUCGAUUUCAGCUCAGUUAUAAUUCUUGGUGGACUUGAAGAUAAAGAACGUCGAUUUAAAUCGCUCCAAGAAUGCAUUUCGAAGUUGUCUCAAGAUGAUUAUGAUGAUGAUGAUGAUUUACAGAAUUACAAUGACCUGCUCAAGAACAUUAAAUGGCUUAAUACGACCUUUAAUAUUGAUGCUGAUCAUCCGGAAGAAACAGGUGAGUACAGCAUUGAUGUCAUCAUCGAUAAACUUGACUACACGAACGAGCAACGACUUGUUUUAAUUCAACGAGUUAAGAAAAUAAAUGGUUGGAAUAUUAUCAACGCUGUGAUGAUUUUCAAUCUACAAGGUGGUCCGCUCAGUUUACAGUGA